CUUAACUGCAGUUAGCGAAUCCUUGCACGAUUUGGAUUUAACUGCUUAACCCUUUGCUGCUUCACCCACCAAGUAUAUUCCACAGAAUCCAAGGUUUUCUCAGAAACCGUAAUGCAACAAACACAACACGCUAAACUCUUGUUCCAACUCUCUUUUCUCUUCCCAGCAUAAUUAGCAAGUCAGAUCAUAAUUUUGAAAACUAUGGAGAGGAGUAACAUACACUCCAUGUGAGAGUGUCUCGGAGUCACUUAUUAUGCAACCCGCAUAACAAGUUCUUCCUGCACAGUCAGAGUCAAAGUCAACGGUUCAAUCUUCAAAUAAAAUUAUUAUUCCAUGUUCAAACCAAGACACAACCUCAAUUUCACACUUAGACCACACAGCAGCCAGCCAGGCAAGUGAGGGUCCCUUUAUAAAUAAAUUAAAACCAAUCAACUUACAAAAGCCCACACCAAUUAUCUGACCUUCCCCCAACAUACCCAAAAUCAAAAUGGGCAAAUCGGCUCUUUGGCUCACCACAUUCACCCUCGUAUUGACGGGCUUCCUGACGGCCCGGGCUCAGCCAGAGGCAAACUUCAAGUGCAGCAGCAGCACGAACGCCACGUGUCGAGCUCUAAUCGACUACUUUAGCCAGAAUGCGACCACGCUCCGAGACAUCCAGAAGCUGUUCAACGUGAAGCACCUCCCGGACCUGUUGGGCGCAAACGCCAACACGAUCCCGGAAAACGCGUCAGGCAGUUACAGCGUGGCGCCCAAGCAGGUAGUUAGGAUUCCGUUUCCGUGCAAGUGCAGUAACGGAACGGGGCUGUCGAACCACGUGCCGUUGUACAAAAUCAAGCCUGGUGAUGGCUUGGACUACAUAGCAAGGACAGUGUUCGCGGGCGUGGUGACGUACCAGCAGAUCCAGAAGGCUAAUAAUAUCUCUGACGCCAAUAAGAUCAUCGCUGGGGAUUCCAUUUGGAUACCGUUGCCUUGUAGCUGUGAUAGUGUUGGAGGGAGCAGUGUGGUGCACUAUGCUUACAUAGUUCCAAUUGGAAGCUCCGUGGAGGGGAUUGCACAGGAGUUUGGUACCACUGAACAGAUCAUUCUUAGUCUCAACGGUAUUGAUGACCCUAAGAAGCUUCAGGCACAGCAGGUUAUCGAUGUCCCUCUCAAAGCUUGUUCCACAAGUGUGAAAAACAAUUCCAUGGACUACCCUCUGCUGGUUUCAAACUCCACUUAUGUCUACACUGCCAACGAAUGCGUGAAAUGCAAAUGCGACUCCAGCAACAACUAUGUAUUGCAAUGCGAGCCAUCGCAGCUUAAACCAACAGGGGGAAAGUGGUCGGUAUGCCCCUCCAUGAAAUGCACAGGGAACCUGACAAUUGGCAACUUGACAUCUGCUUCAGAUGAUCCAUGCAACCGCACCUUCUGUGCCUAUGCGGGUUAUAGCUUCAAAAGAAUCAAUACCAUUCUUGCUAAUGAGUCCACUUGUCCUGCACCGGCACCUGCACCCAGUGGCGGUUCAGUAGGACCAGGUGGUUCAGGAUCAGGAGCGUCAAGGACUACCUUCGGUCUUAUCAUUGUUCUCCACUUCAUCCUUCUUGCUCUCUGUCUUUUGUAGUAAAAUAAAAUACCCUCCACCCACUUUUCUUCUUUUUAAAUUUUUGUUUUUUUGUAACAGUAUCAUGUUUGAAAGAAGAAAUAAGAGUGAUUAUAAAUUUAUAAUAA